AUGACUAAUGAAAUUGAAGUCAUGGAUGAUACGACAUCAAAAAUUGGUGCAUUGAAUAUUGUUUCGUCGAGUCGUACAAGUAUUGCACCUGCUAUAGCAUCGACUGAAAAAUCUAAAAAAAUCACUGACAUAAAUUUCAAGAGAUUUGUCAAAGAAAGUGUUUCUAAGUUAGAUGAUUCAACUCCGAAGGUUGAACGCAUUAUGAUUAUUGAAGUUUGGAAGCAUUCUGAUUUCUUAUGCAAUAACUAUAUUCUGAAUGGGCUUUAUGGUGACUUGUACAAUGUGUACAGUAAUAUGAAAACUUCCAAAGACCUCUGGGAUGCUUUAGAAAAGAAGUAUAAGACGAAGGAUGUCGGAUUGAAUAAAUUCAUCAUGGCAAAGUUUCUGGACUUCAAGAUGGUAGAUAGCAAAUAUGUUGUUACUCAAGUUCAGAAAUUGCAAGUGAUUAUCAAUGAUCUUCUUGCGGAAGGUCUUGUGAUUAAAAAGGCCUUUCAAGUAGCUGCUAUGAUUAAGAAGUUACCUCAUUUGUGGAAGGACUUCAAAAAUUACUUAAAGCAUAAGAGAAAGGAGAUUUACCUUGAAGAUCUCAUUGUAAAAUUGAGAAUUGAAGAGGACAAUAAGGCUGCGGAGAAGAGGGCUGUAGAAUGUAAAGCUCCCAAGAAAGCAAAGAAGAAAGCUCAAGCAAAUGUUGCUGAAUUUGAAGAUUAUGAUCUAUGUGCUAUGCUUUCUGAAUAUAAUCUUGUUGGUAAUCCAAGAAAGUGGUGGAUAGAUUUCGAUGCCACCCGUCAUGUAUGCGCCAACAAAGAACUUUUUGCAUCAUAUGAGCCUACUCAAGAUGAUGACACGAUUUACAUGGCAAACUUGACAACUGCAAAGGUUGAAGGAACAUGCAAAGUUCUCUUGAAGAUGACAUUUGGCAAGGUGGUAACUCUCAAGAAUGUGCUACAUGUUCCAAAUUUAAGAAAGAACUUAAUUUCUACUCCACUUCUUACUAAAAAUGAAUUCAAAUGUGUAUUUGUUUCUGACAAAGUUAUAAUUAGUAAAAAUGAAGUGUAUGUUGAAAAGGGCUACCUUUGCGAGGGCUUGUUUAAGCUCAAUGUAAUGGCUAUUGCUAAUAAUCAAAGUUCUUGUUCUACUUAUUUGCUUGAGUCGAGUGGUUUAUGGCAUGAAUGUUUGGGACAUGUCAAUUACAAGACCUUACAAAAAUUAAUUAGUUUGGAAGUGUUGCCUAAUUUUGAGUGA